AACAGGUUAAUCAAACUAAGGCUGCAUUAAAACCAAUAACGUGAAUGUUGGUAACCGGGUACAAUCAACUGCAUUUUCUCUGGAGACCAGGUUGCCAGUGACAACGAAGAGGAUUAUCUUCGUUAUGCCCAUGGUCUGGUAUCUGAUUACAUCCCUAAAGAAUUAAGUGAUGACUUAGCUAAAUACUUGAAGCUUCCAGAACCUCCAGCUCCAUUGCCAAACCCUCCAUCAAAGGUUAAAGACCAAGUCUGCCGUAAGGGUGGAGGGGGACAUCCAGACCAAGUGCCAUAUAUCACGGUGUGGGAAGACUUGACCCGGAAGCCCCCGCUUUGGGUUAAACCUUUCCUCGCACAUGGAGACAUCAAAGACCGUCAGCAGAAAGAGAAGGAGGAAGUUGGUGGGGGUCCCAGGCCUCCCCCGCUUCCCUCCUCAACUCCCCUGAUCCCCGCUCCAGCAGGAACCCCAGUGCAAGGUCCCCCGCCAACCUCCGAUCUCUAUCCCCUAAAGGAACUUCAACCACCGAAAACAACAUGUCCACCUGUCCUUUCGGGUGGACAGGAGGACCUCCUCCUUUUGGAUCCCCCACCGCCAUACAACCAUCCGGCAUUGAGGGAGGUGCCUUCCUCUGCCCCGUCCCCGGACUCAACGGUCCAAGAAUCAAGGGGACCACAACCCACUCCCCUACGAGACCCAUCACCGCCAAAUACUCGCCUGCGCCUCCACCGAGAGCAAAGGGAGGGGGGGAUUAUUGGGCAUCCCAGGCAUUCCCAUUGCGUUCGGUGUGGGGGGAGUUUCAGUAUUGGCCAUUUUCCGCGUCAGAUCUCUACAACUGGAAAACCCACAACCCCCCAUUUUCUCAGGACCCUCAGGCCCUCACAGGUCUGAUUGAGUCGAUUCUGUUAACCCUCCAACCCACUUGGGAUGACUGUCAGCAGCUCUUACAAGCCCUCCUGACCACAGAAGAGCGGCAGCGGGUUUUCACAGAAGCCCGCAAAAAUGUGCUGGGGGAUGACGGCCGUCCCACUCAGCUACCUAACGAGAUUGAUGAGGUGUUCCCGCUGACUCGACCAAAUUGGGACUUCAAUACGGCAGCGGGUAGGGAGCGACUCCGUCUCUAUCGCCAGGUUCUCCUGACAGGUCUCCGGGGGGCAGGAAGACGCCCCACCAAUUUGGCCAAGGUACGUGCGAUUGUGCAGGGUAGUGAGGAAACUCCGGCAGGAUUUUUAGAAAGGUUAAUGGAAGGAUACAGAAUGUAUACUCCCUUUGACCCACAGGCCCCUGACCGGCAGGCCGACGUAAUCAUGUCCUUCAUUGGACAGUCGGCCCCGGACAUCCGCACAAGACUACAAAGGUUGGAAGGCCUGCAGGGAUAUACACUCCCCGACUUGGUGAAGGAGGCAGAAAAGAUUUAUAACAAAAGAGAAACUAAAGAAGAAAGGGAAGAAAGAGUACGUAGGGAACAGGAUCAAAGGGAUAGGAAAAGGGAUAAACAAUUAGUAAAGGUCCUGGCCACCAUAGUUGCAGGGUCAAAAACAGGACGAGACAAGGGCAGGCAAGACAGGGACCAGGGAGACAAACGGAGACCGAGAGUGGAACGAGACCAGUGCGCCUAUUGUAAAGAAAGAGGACAUUGGGCCAGGGACUGUCCGAAUAAGGGACGGCCAAGACCCCAGCAGAGAACCGCUCCGGUCUUUUCAUUGGAAGACGACGAAUAGGGCCAGGAGCCUCCCCCUGAGCCCCGGGUAACCCUGAAAGUGGGAGGCCGACCAGUCACCUUUCUGGUCGACACUGGAGCCCAGCAUUCUGUCCUUACCACAGCUGAGGGCCCUCCAGUUCUAAGACAUCAUGGGUCCAGGGGGCCACCGGAGGAAAACUGUACAAAUGGACUACUGAGCGUAAGGUCGACCUGGCAACAGGGCGGGUCACGCAUUCGUUCUUACUAGUGCCGGACUGCCCAUACCCCCUGCUGGGAAGGGAUCUGCUCUCAAAGGUUGGGGCCCAGAUCCCAAGACAGGGGAGCCACAGUAGUCGGCCCCGCAGGCCAACCCCUCCAUGUGUUGACCCUUCGGCUGGAAGACGAACAUCGCCUUCAUGAGUGCCCCCUACCAGCUCAGUCCCAAGUAACAUCUGAAUGGCUUACUAAAUUCUCCCAGUCUUGGGCGGAGACGGGAGGAGUAGGGUUGGCUGUCCGACAGCCCCCGGUGAUAGUAAGCCUGAAGCCCACGGCCGCUCCCGUAUCUAUCCGCCAAUACCCUAUGGCUACGGAGGCAAAGGUUGGAAUUCGGCCACACAUACAGAGACUAAUAAAACUGGGCAUAUUAAGACCUUGUCAGUCACCUUGGAAUACCCCUUUGUUACCAAUCAAAAAGCCUGGCUCCAAUGACUACAGGCCAGUGCAAGAUCUACGGGAAGUAAACCGUAGGGCUGAGGACAUUCACCCUAUGGUCCCUAACCCGUAUAACCUGCUGAGCACCCUGCCCCCGACCCGAACUUGGUGUACGGUGCUUGACUUGAAAGAUGCCUUCUUUUGCCUAAGACUGAGUCCCCAGAGUCAACCUCUCUUUGCCUUCGAGUGGAAAGACCCGGAGACUGGGUUUUCAGGACAACUAAUGUGGACCAGGCUUCCCCAAGGGUUCAAGAACUCCCCUACACUGUUUGAUGAAGCCCUACACCAGGACUUGGCGGAUUUCCGGGUAAGCCACCCAGAGUUGACUCUCCCACAAUACGUGGAUGACCUGUUGUUAGCUGCAGAGACUGAGCAGGGUUGCACCAAAGGUACGGAGGCCCUACUCCAUAGGCUGGGAGAGUUAGGAUACAGGGCUUCCGCGAAGAAGGCCCAACUUUGCACCCAACGCGUGACCUACCUGGGUUACGUAUUGGAGGGGGAUCGGAGGUGGCUGACUGAGGAACGUAAAAAGGCCGUAGCGCUCAUCCCGCCGCCUAAAAAUGCUCGCCACCUCAGGGAGUUCUUGGGCAGCACCGGCUUCUGCCGCCUCUGGAUACCGGGUUUUGCGGAGAUGGCAGCGUCCCUGUACCCCCUUAACCAGGACAAAUUCCCCGUUCAUCUGGGGAAAGGAACAACAAUUAGCAUUUGACAAGAUAAAACGAGCCCUCUUGGAGGCUCCUGCAUUAAGCCUCCCAGACCCCGCUAAGCCCUUUACCCUCUAUGUGGAUGAGAAAGGGGGAAUGGCAAAGGGUGUCUUAACUCAGAAUUUGGGGCCCUGGAAAAGACCUGUGGCGUGCUUUUCAAAGAAACUGGACAGUGUCGCCUCGGGGUGGCCCCCUUGCCUCCACAUGAUUGCGGCUGUGGCCGUCUUGGUGAAAGACUCGGACAAAUUGACUCUGGGGCAACCACUCACCAUAGUGGCACCCCACGCCAUCGAGGCCGUCAUCCGCCAACCGCCAGACAGAUGGCUCUCGAACGCCAGGAUCACCCACUACCAGGCCAUGUUGCUCAACCCUGAACGGAUCCGGUAUGGGACUGCUGCCUCGCUCAACCCGGCCACCCUGCUUCCUGAGCCGGGGUCUGAAUCACAAGUCGACCACGACUGCCACCAAGUGUUAGCCGAAGUGCACGGGACCCGAGAGGACCUGACCGAUCUACCCCUGUCAAACGCAGUCACCUGGUAUAUGGACGGGAGCAGCUUCUUGCACCAAGGCCUGGCUUAGAGCCUUGCAAUUGAUCCAGAGGCAUGUGUGGAAACCGCUGGCGGCGGUGUUAUCAGUCCAAGAGCCUUGCAGUACCUCACCCCUUCCAGACAGGGGACUCGGUCUACGUUCGUAGACACCAGACUAAGACCCUUGAACCGCGCUGGAAAGGGCCCUACACCGUACUACUGACAGCGCCAACAGCAGUGAAAGUGGACGGAAUCGCGGCUUGGGUUCACGCCUCUCACGUCAAAAAGGCAUCAGAAAAGGAGGAGAGUUCGGCCAAGGACACAAGUGAACCAUCGAGAUGGAAACUCCAGCACACUCAAAACCCCCUCAAGAUAAGACUUCUAAAAGGUGCCUAAUGUUUGUAAUCAUUAACCCGUUGCUUGUAUUGCUUAUGAUUCACCCUAGUCUCACCCUAUCCAGCUCGUCCCUCCCUAACCCCCAUGGGCCACAAAAGCUCACUUGGGAAGUGGUCUCCCCUUCGGGUAGUGUGGCCUGGUCAACCAGCGACACUCGAGUACCAGGAACGUGGUGGCCUUCUCUCCACCCAGACGUAUGCCAAAUAGUCCUGGGGCUAGAUACCUGGGAUCUACCCAAUCAGGACGCCGUCCCCCACCCCUCCACAGUUCCGGAGCCCUUCCUUUAUCCCCCAGGAAGCACCACCACCAUGGGGGCGGGAUGUAGAUAUCGAGUUCGGAGAUGCCGACUACGUCAACUUGAAUUCUAUGUGUGCCCCAAGGAUGGUAGAAGACAGGAUCAGAUCUUCCGGUGCGGAGGGCCGGAGUCCCUAUAUUGUAAGGCUUGGGGGUGCGAAACUACGGGGGCGGCACACUGGGGGCCUUCCUCUGGGAUUGGAUUACUGUACAGCAUAACUUCACUCCUGAGGACUCAGGUCAGUGUUCACUCCUCCUCCCAGGGAGUCGGGGGUCCACUUCCCCAUGUGCAAGCUCCCCUACGUGCAAUCCCCUUAAUAUUACCUUUACCACCUCAGGAAAGCAAUACGCAACACUGUCCAGUUGGAUAAAAGGGAGAAUCUGGGGUUUGCGCUAUUAUGUUUCUGGUACAGAUUUUGGGUUUUGGUUCAAAAUUAGACUAAGAAUCACCUCUCCCGACCCGCUACCGGUAGGGCCCAACAGGGCUCUGGCCCCUGCCUACCGACCUCCCCGGCCUGAGAUGACCAAGCAGCUGACUUCUAAGGGAACAGGUUCACCGGCGCCGACCUCUAUGAGGACAGGCUCACCGGUUCCCCUCGCAAGCCUACCUGCAGGGGAGAGAGCGAUGUUGCUAAUACGAGGCGCCUUUUCGGCAUUGAAUCUGUCUCACCCUAACCUGACCAACCCCUGCUGGUUAUGCUUGUCCGCAAGCCCGCCCUACUAUGAGGGAGUAGCUGUCGUUGGAACCUUCAAUACCUCCUCGUCCCACCGGCAGUGCCCUGCCGUUAAACCC